CACAAAUUUUAGGACUUUGAAAUAUAAUUUAGAUAAUGUAGAAACUGAUAAUUUUUUAACAAAAAAUUAGGAUACCUCAAAAUAUUUUUAACAUAAUGUGGGACCGUGAAUUAUUAGAAAACAAAAAAAGUACCCUAGAGCAAUUUCCUCCUCCUGCUGAUCACGAAUCGUCGUUCGACGUUGACGGCCACAAGCGUCCGGCGAGAUAACCCUCUCACUCGACCACCACAGCCACGCUCACCUGUCCGCGGGAUUAAACCCUAGCGCCAAUUUGGGGAUACUCCACGACCUGCGAGUCAGGGCGCCAAAAAGAUCUUGAAAAACUGGUUCCAGUUGAAUGUCCAUGGCGAUGGGAGCAGGAGGUCCUUUGUUGUGCAUAGGCGAUCUGCUUAGUGACAUUGGUGAAGAAGACGGGUCCAAUUGCGACUGUAACAUCCCCUCCCCUACCGGCGGUGACCUCAACUGUCCGGAUUUUAAGGAAUCCAAUCCAGGUUUCAAAGCUUCAAAUCUCACCAAGAUCUUUCUGGAAAAGUAUGAGGACCUGAAAGAGGGGCUUGCCGGCACUGAUCAUUCGUGGACUGCUCUCACGCUGGAACUGUGCUCCGCGUUGCAGACUGCCAAUAAAUUGGUCGACUUGACCCACCGUGAAGUCGGCUUGUUGUCCGAGAAUGUUCGGAAGCUUGAGAAAGAAAUCAAUCUGAGGGAUUCAAACGUGGCCUCAGCAAAAGCUAUUCAGAGUUGUCUGAAAGGGAAAUGGAGCGCCUAAUGGAGGUUGUGAAUGCAUUUGUGAAUUUACAUACAUACCCUUUUGUGAGAAAAGCUGUGGCAAAGAAAACUCUUUCCCUCAAAGGUGGACAUCAUGACUUUGCGAAUGGAUCUCUAAACUUUUGGGUUUUUGCCACAAGUUUUUCUUUGCAGACACUUGUGUAAGAUCUGCUAAGAACUAAAGUGUUACAUUAUAAUAUAGACAUGGAAUAUAA